CUUGCCCUGCAAUGAUUGAAGACAGAGCACUGAGUAAAGAGAGUGCUGGUGGCUUACAAGACACUCAAGCUCAACAUCAGCACUUUAGAACAUCAGAUUUUGUGUAGCUAUGGUUCUAGAUCAUCAUCUUCUGUUGGUCAUGUUACAACAUUCCUGUCAAACAAACAAACAAAGUCCUAACCCUGUCCCUAACCCCAGCCCUACUUUAACCAUAAACUAGGGUUGCCAACUGUCCUGUAUUUUGCCCAGUGGUGAACCACUUGAGGGGGACCCCGUGGUUGGACGAUGAAACGUCCCGCAAGAUGAAAAGGAACACCCACUACAGGACACACCCACACCAGGUCCUGUAUGUUUGUAUGUGUGCAUACCCUGUUCAAGCGAGGAUCUGGGCCUGGAUGCUGUCUAUACCUUAUAGCCCACCUGAAGAUGGACCCGUUGGACUUAAAGACAGAGAGACGGAGAUGCCUGCAAACAGCCCUAAAAGAGAGAUGGUAGCUUGUGACCAGGACCGUGCCUGUGGAAAGGGAUUUUCCUGUGACCACCAUUUUGGCCUAUGUGUCCCUCUGAGGCAGGAAGGGCAGUACUGCAGGCGAGACACUCAGUGUGUGCGAGGGCUCAGCUGCAUGUUCGGCAGGUGCUUCAGAAGCAUUCCAGAUGGGCAGGAAGUGCAUACAUUUUUCAAACUCUAUACCUUCUUCUUAGGGGCUCGGUGUAAACUUGACAGAGACUGUGGUGCAUCAAUGUGCUGUGCCCGUCAUCAUGGCGAGAGAGUGUGCAAGCAUCGGCUGGUAUUUGGCGACAGCUGCUUUGUGCCUGAUGGUGGACUGGCAUUCAGCAUCAACCAGAUCUGCCCAUGUGAAAAGGGUCUGUUAUGCCGUGGCCAUGGAGAACAACUUAAAAGAGGGAGAGAAUUUGUAUACCAACCAGAGUCCACAAGUUGGACUUGCCAGGCUCCAAACCAUGAAAACCUCAAACCUGUGUAAUUUAUUAAGCCAUUGUGCUGUGUGUGUGUGUGUGUGUGUGUGUGUAUAUAUAUAUAUAUGAAGUGGUUAUAAAAUAUUGUAUAUUUUAUUAAUAAUAAAAAAUUCUCAUAAACACUGUGCCUCUGUAUUGAUAAAUUGAAUUAGAAUUCAUCUCACAGUGGGAGAUCAUGCCCUUUGCUCUUAUUCUCUUAUUUAAAAAGUGAAUCAUUUUAAGAUAAUUAAAAAAAUGUUUAGAUGUGCUGGACCACAAAUUUUUAUUUAUUUAUUUAUUUAUUUUUUAACAUUACAGAUCAUUGUACAAAAACUAACAUUACUUAUAAAAUAUAUUUUUUUUUAAAUAUAAAUGUUGAAUAAGAAAUUUCAAUAUUGGGAACUGGUUGUUUUUAAGUCUAAAUGUUUAACUAUU